AUACGACAAUCUAUCCCGAUUAAUCUAUCCCUAUUAAUAUAUAUAAAGGGAGGACCCGCCUCGGGGGCGAAGCAUGUCUAUUGUCUAUUUCUCUGCUACCAUUUCUUUUUUAUCUCACUGUCGCUGAUGGUGAGGUCUCGAAUGGCUUCCAUGCUCUCCAUCUCUGUCCUCCUCCUCCUCCUCCUCUCAUGGUUUACCCCGAUCUCUUCGCACCCUCUCGAUCCCCUUACUCCUGCAGAGAUCGCCACUGUCCGCCGCGUCAUCCUUUCCUCCCCCAUCGCCGUCUCAUCCGCCUCCUUUGCCUUCCACUAUGUGGGUCUCGACGAGCCAGACAAGGCCCAAGUCCUCUCAUGGCUCCACCGCCGCCCUCCCCGACGCGCCCUCGUGCUGGCUCGCGCCGACAGCGAGACACACGAGCUCGUCGUCGACGUCGGCCUCGCCGCCCUCAUCUCGGAUCGGGUCCACCGGGGGGCCGGAUUCCCCAUCCUAACCCUAGAAGAGCAGGCGGCGGCGGUGUCGCUGCCACUGAGCUAUCCCCCUUUCGUGGAGUCCGUAAGGAGGCGGGGGGUGGCGCUGGCCGACGUCGUGUGCUCGACCUUCACGAAAGGGUGGUUCGGGGAGGCGGGCCGGGCGCGGCGACGCCUCGUGGUGGCCUGCUUCGUGGCGGGCGAGACCGUCAACCUGUACGUGCGGCCGAUCGAGGGGGUCACGGUGCUGGUUGACCUGGACGAGAUGCGGAUCGUCGAGUAUAGGGAUCGGGUGGCGCCGCCGGUGCCCAAAGCGGAGGGGACCGACUAUCGCGCGUCGACCAAAAACCUGCCGUGGUCGAAGCCUGGCGCGGUGUUGCAGCCGGCCGGGAAGGGCUUCCAAGUGGACGGCCACUUCAUCAGGUGGUCCAAUUGGGAGUUCCAUCUGAGCUACGACGCCCGUGCCGGUCUCAUCGUCUCCCUCGCCUCCGUCCACGACGCCCAGAAGAGCACUAGCCGGCGUGUACUCUAUCGUGGCUUCGUGUCGGAAUUGUUCGUGCCGUACAUGGACCCUGUGGAGGAAUGGUACUUCCGGACCUUCUUCGACUCCGGCGAGUAUGGGUUCGGCCUCUGGGCGUCUCCCCUCCAGCCGGCGGCUGAUUGCCCUGCGAACGCCGAGUAUAUUGACGGCUACUACGCCGGGCAGGACGGGAAGCCAGUCAAGCUGCCCCAGGUGUUCUGUAUCUUCGAACGGAACAGUGGAGACGUUGCGUGGCGGCACACCGAGUUCGGAUUUCCAGGCCAACUGAUUAGGGAGGUGGAGCCGGAGGUGAGCCUGGUGGUGAGGAUGGUGGCGGCGCUCGGGAACUAUGACUACGUCACAGAUUGGGAAUUCAAGGCCAGUGGCUCGAUCAAAGUUGUGGUCUCACUAACCGGCAUACUCGAGGUGAAGGGCACAAACUACACGCACGCCGAUCAAAUCCCCGCCGGCCUUGACCCGCACGGCUCUCUUCUAGCCGAGAACACCAUGGCUAUCUACCACGACCACUUCAUCACUUACCACCUCGACCUCGACAUUGACGGCUCCAACAACACCUUCGUCAAGUCCAAGCUGAAGCCCACCAGGGUCACCGGUGGAAGCGUGCCUCGUCGGAGCUACUGGACCGUCGUCAGGGAGGAGGCCAAGACGGAGGCCGACGCUCGGGUGGAGAUGGGAUCUGUUCCGGCGGAGUUGCUAGUCGUCAAUCCGAACAAGAAGACCAAGAUGGGCAAUGCGGUGGGGUACCGGCUCAUCAGCAACAGCGCACCGGCAGCCUCGCUGCUCGCAGACGACGACUACCCAGAGACGAGAGCAGGGUACUUGAAGAAGCAGGUGUGGGUGACUCCGUAUAACAAGUCGGAGAAGUGGGCGGCUGGGCUUUACGUCGACAACAGCAGAGGAGAUGACACUCUAGAAAUUUGGAGCCAGAGAAAUAGGACGAUCGAGAACACGGACAUCGUAUUGUGGCACACCAUCGGCUUCCAUCACAUCCCCUACCAGGAAGAUUUCCCGGUGAUGCCGUUGUUGAGCGGAGGAUUCGAGCUCCGGCCUUCCAACUUCUUCGAGAGCAACCCUUUGAUGAACUCAAGCGCGACAGGGCAAGUGUACACCACCUGCACUUGCAUCGCCUAAAACUCCACGCUCAACGAUUUUUUGCAGCUUGAUCGUUGCAGAGGUAGCAUUCGAACACGGGCAGGGGCUUCAAGAUUCAAUCAAGUUCAGAAGAGAUUUGAUCGAGCUGUGUGGAUAAUUGUGCUGUGGUAGGGUGUUUUUUAGCAUAUUAUAAUAAGUCUACAGCUGUCGGGUCAUAAGUGCAUCUUCAGCAGAUCUUUUAUUGGCGUUGUCUGACUGUCUUUGCGAGUCCAGCAUUAUUCGUUUGUCUUA